CUGUAAGUGAACUCACAGCUCCCAAAGCAGCUUCAUCCAGCUCAGAACAUGGAGUUGAAAGAUCAUUAUCAAAAUAUUGAUGAAGUUUAUUGCAACCAACCGAGGAGAGUUCAUGGCAAAGCGAAGAGCAUGAAAUCAGAACAUGGUGUCCGAUCAGCAGAUCCUGUCCGAAGAAAAUGGUCACCUUUGGUCAUCUCCAUUUUUCUAGUUCUCUCCAGCCUGUUGUCAAUGGUGAUUCUCGGCACUUCAAUCGUACUGUUUUCACAGCUGUUCAGUGAAAUGAAGGCAUCACAUACUGAUUUCAGAAUGGAUUUUACCCAGUUGAAAGAUAAUGUUUCACAGCUGUUCAGUGAAAUGAAGGCAUCACAUACUGAUUUCAGAAUGGAUUUUACCCAGUUGAAAGAUAAUGGUACAUCUGAGGCAACAAGAAAUUCAUUAACUCAACUGAAGAUGGAAAUUUCACAGCUGAAGGAGACUCUGAGUCAUUUCCAAUGCAUCGAAGGUUGGAGCCAGUCCAAGCAAAAACUUUACUACUUUUCCCGUCAUUUAGCAAAUUGGGAAGAUGCGCAAAGAUUCUGUAAAUUCAUAGAUGCUGAUCUUGUUGUCAUUAACAGUUCUGAGGAGAAGGAAUAUUUACAAAUGAAAAUGAAACACACGCAUUGGAUUGGACUCCAUGACACCGUUGAAGAAGGGAAAUGGCGCUGGGUGGAUGAAACUGAUUAUGGUUCAAAUGUGAAGUUUUGGAGGAGUGGCCAGCCCAAUGGUAACAGAAAAGAAAAUUGUGCCACAAUGUCUUCUGAAGGGAAAUGGGACGAUUGGCCAUGCAAUUCUAUGCAUCGCUCGAUCUGUGAAAAAUCAGUGUGAUGUUCUGCUUCCUUGGUCCUGGAUUCACCCAAGUCAAUUCAUCAAUUAGUCUACCCCACAUCUCUCCAUCUCCCACCUCCCCAAUCUCCACUGUCACUGCAUCUCUCUGUUCCCUUCCACAUUCUCCUUCACCUUUAUCGCUAUCUCUAUUUCACCACCCCCUGCAAAUGUAACCACUUGCCCCCCCCUUCCCCCCCAUCGCACUCAACUUCAUUCCACUUCCCUGGAUGUUCCUCUACUCCAGUUCCCCUUUCAUCUCGAACUUCCCCUUGACAUCCAAAGUCACCUUUAAUUACCGACUUCCCCUUGACACUGAACUCCUUUUUUGAUCCCAUCCUUUUUUUAUCCCCACCUUUCCCUUGACUCCCAACUGCCAUUUAUUCCUCACUUUCCUCUUUAAUCUCCAACUUUCCCUUCCACCUUAUUCCCCACCUUUCUCUGUUUGUGGAAUUUGCAGCUGUCUCUGCAUUAUCCUACAACAAGAUCCUCAGUUAUUCUGUGUCUUCAGUGGGUGAGCUUCUCAUGGUAUUCCAUAAGACCAUAAGACCGUAAGACAUAGGAGUGGAAGUAAGGCCAUUCGGCCCAUCGAGUCCACUCAGCCAUUCAAUCAUGGCUGAUGGGCAUUUCAAGUCCACUUACCCGUAUUCUCCCCGUAGCCCUUAAUUCCUUGUGACAUCAAGAAUUUAUCAAUUUCUGCCUUGAAGACAUUUAGCGUCCCGGCCUCCACUGCACUCUGUGGCAAUGAAUUCCACAGGCCCACCACUCUCUGACUGAAGAAAUGUCUCCGUAUUUCUGUUCUGAAUUGACCCCCUCUAAUUUUCGGGCUGUGUCCACGGGUCCUAGUCUCCUCGCCUAAUGGAAACAAUUUCCUAGCGUCCACCCUUUCCAAGCCAUGUAUUAUCUUGUAAAUUUCUAUUAAAUCUCCCCUUAAUCUUCUAAACUCCAAUUAAUACAAACCCAGGAUCCUCAGCCAUUCAUGAGACCACUUGCUGCUGGGCAACCAAUUAGAUGUGUCUAUAAAUGUAAGAUCUUCCAGUACUUUCAUGUCAUAAAUCUCUUGUUGUCUUAAA